GUGACAACACCACUUCGAACAGACCGAAACUCGCUUUCAAGCGUCUUGUUUCCAGAUAGUUUAGAGACCUGUCGCUGCGGACAUGGAAGACGCGAACGGGCUGGCCAACGGCGCCAAUGGCACUCAUACUCCUGACGAGCCUCAGACUCCAACAACUCCUCCCAGACCUAAGCACACAACGUUAGCAUUGACAGAAUACACUGCCGCUGCAUCACCAAUCUCUACGACACCCAGAGAUCGAGCCCGAGCUAUCCUGCCUGAGCAUCUACUUUUGCCAAAUGGCCAUCCAGAUUAUAUCCGCCUCAUCACAACCGCCAAGGUCUACGAUGUCGUUGAACAGACUCCACUCACACACGCUGUCAACAUCAGCAAUCGACUAGAAACGACCGUUCUUCUCAAGCGAGAAGACUUGCUCCCAGUCUUCUCUUUCAAGCUGCGAGGCGCCUACAAUAAAAUGGCACAUCUCACCAAAGAAGAGAGAUGGAAGGGUGUCAUUGCGUGUUCAGCAGGUAACCACGCUCAAGGCGUCGCUUUUUCGGCUCGAAAGCUCAAAAUUCCUGCCACGAUUACCAUGCCUCUGGGUACACCUGCGAUCAAGCAUUCCAAUGUCUCACGGCUCGGUGGUAAUGUGGUCUUGCACGGUGCCGAUUUUGAUGAGGCCAAAGCAGAAUGCAAUCGCAGAGCAGUAGCCAAUGGACUAACUAACAUUCCACCUUUUGAUGACCCAUAUGUCAUUGCUGGGCAAGGUACCAUCGGUGCUGAGAUCUUGCGGCAGGCAGACCUGGAUAAGCUGGAAGCCAUUUUCUGCUGCGUGGGUGGUGGCGGUCUGGUCGCUGGCAUUGGCACUUACAUUAAGCGCUUUGCACCUCAUGUGAAGAUCAUUGGUGUCGAGACAUAUGACGCCAAUGCUCUUGUACAGUCACUAAAAUUGGGCAAACGGGUCACGCUCAAGGAGGUGGGUUUGUUCGCCGACGGCGCUGCAGUGAAGCUAGUGGGUGAGGAGACUUUCCGCUUGUGCCAGGAAGUGGUCGACGAGGUUAUCCAGGUCGACACUGAUGACAUUUGUGCCGCCAUCAAGGAUGUUUUCGAGGACACCCGAUCUAUUCUGGAACCAGCAGGAGCACUUUCCCUUGCGGGCUUGAAGAAGUACGUAAGGAGCAAUCCUUCUCAAGAUACCAGAAGGCAGCUUGUUGCCAUUGCUAGCGGGGCCAACAUGAACUUCGAUCGCUUGCGCUUUGUCGCUGAACGUGCGGCCAUUGGUGAGCGCAAAGAGGCGCUUCUUGCUGUGACUAUCCCAGAGCGUCCGGGUGCAUUCGCUGGACUUGUCGAGGAGGUUAACCCAAUGGUCGUUACCGAAUUCUGCUACCGAUAUGCUACAGAUGCCUCGGCCGACGUCUUGAUCGGUAUCCAAGUCAACGCAGCAACCCGCACGAAAGACGUGCAAGAUUUGAUCUCCCGGCUUGAGAAGAAGGACAUGGUAGCUCGAGACAUCAGCGCCGACGAGCUGGCCAAGUCACAUAUCCGGUACCUUGUGGGAGGGCGGAGCAAUGCGGACAACGAGCGCCUCUUCGCGUUCGAGUUCCCUGAACGUGGUGGCGCUCUGUACAAGUUCCUCACUUUACUGCAGCCACAGUUCAAUAUCUCCUUGUUCCACUACAGGAACUACGGAGGCGACGUCGCUAAGAUCUUGGCCGCCAUCCAGUGUCCGCCAGGCGAAGAGGAAGGACUCACGAAGUUCCUCAAUGAUCUGGGUUAUGGAUACACGGAGGAGACCAAGAAUGAGACGUAUCAGAUGUUCAUGAGGAACAAGCAGGUAGCGUCGUAA